UUUUUUAGAAGUCCCAGAACGACGAAGCUGGACAGAAAAUUAGAAAGUUUCGUUCCUUGAAAGAAAUUUCUAGUUUGCUACACCCUCCAAGCCUUGGAUCGUGGAAUUACAAAAUUAUUAAUAUAAAGACUGCCUUCACACGUUAAGAGGGUGGAAAGGAAUUUAAAAGAGAAAUUACAGAAUGAAGAAUUAAAUUGAAAAAAGGAUUACUACUUCGAGUUUGCAAGUAUAAAUUCAACGUUAAAAAAAUGUUUUCGAUUAAAAAAAAUCAAGCUCUGUUUUUGCAAUUUUGUUUACAAACGUACUUCUAACUGAUCUCUUUGAAUACUUUAUCAAGAAUAUCACCCCUAUGUAGAUAUACAGAAAAAUAAGAGUGCGUGCGUCAUCUGUAAACAAAUUCUGUUUUUCAACUUACAAAACAGAAACAUCGAUAUCUGAUGUAGUUUCGGAGAAAACAGCUCGUGACACUUUAAUCGAGCCAUCCGUCGCAUACCUUAACAAAUAAAGGAGAACCUUAAAACGGUAAGACCUUGUUCGAGCAUCGUCAGAGAUAAUUAGAAAUGAACCAACCGACCGAAGAAGCCAGGGUAAAAUAGCGAGCACAAUUUCGUAUCGAGAAACGACCCCAAAGCUCGGUCGGAUGUUAGGGUAGAAAAGAACUUGAAAGAAGUAAGCUUUUGAAAGCUGGAAGCCUCGCAAAAAUCGACUACGUCAUCGACGGGUUAAACGGCACGAACCGAAUUCGACACUUCUAAACAGGAGCUCCUCUUCAAGAAAUACUUGUUCCUUUCCAGAACGAAAGAUAAAGACGGAGAAUAGGGGGAGGUUUAUUUCUGACGUGAAACGAAGCGACGAGAAGGGGUUGCAUCGUUCGCGAAUGUCUUGGAGGGUGUCGUUUUCGAGUCCAAGGUCGGGAGGAUUGUAGUCGAAGGAUCCGUGAACUCGACGAAGGAAAUCUCAAGAUUUCUCGUGAACCUUGCGCGAACGUUAGGCAAUUGGAAGUGGGCGACGUAACAACUCGGAGGGAAAAAGCUGGGAAGUUUCAAACCGGCGGAAAAACGAAAUUUAAAAGGUACAGGAUGUUGAGAAUGGCUCUGUAAAUGGGUCUGUGUGGUAAGGUGUUCUGUUUUAGUAAGGAUAAGCUAGGUUCGUUUCAGCGAUGAAGAUGGAGCGGUUUAGAGAUAUUAAGUGUUUGAUCGCGUGACGGUGAAAGAUUUGAUAAAAAUUGUCGUAGGAAUGAAAAUGGAAGAUAGGGUAAAAGGAAUUUUAUUAAUCACGACUGUUUUAGUGAAUCUGGAAUUUCUACACUUCUGAGAAUUUUAUCAAUCAUUCUUCUAUUUCAAAUAGAAUCUGAGAUCAUUAUUUAUAGGAUGCAAUAUGAGAGUUUAACUCAGUCGGCCCAUUCAUAAAGUUAUCUACGGAAAUUCCAUAUUACCAUACAAUAAUUCGUCUUGAAAUAUAAUAUCAAGCGAAUAAAAUUCACAGACUCCUCUAGUUAUCUUCACCGCACUUGACGAUUACGAUUAUCUAUGUUUAAUUUAUAAGCAACACAUUAGUAAUUGAAUGUAAAUUAAACUCGUACGUGCAUGUAUUAAGGAAAGAAAAAUCCUGAAUUAUAAACAAACAAGACCCAUUCAUUCAUUGAUCUCGGUUUAUUGAUCGAACCAAGGAAGUCGUGAUUCCACCAAUCUUCGGAAUUUUUCUUAAUCGCGUACAAACGAUACCAGCUGACCUAGAGAUUCACUUCAAACCUUUUGAAUCGUUUACAUCACGCGUUAUCGUCGUUAAUCGUGAGACGAUCACGUGAUUAUUUGAAGGUAACACGUACACCAUUUUUACGCAAUUAUUUGACUUCGACAAAUAUACGUUGAUCGUCAUUAAUACUUAAUUCCUGUCAAAAUUUCACUUUCCAUCUCUAAGGUAAUCGACUCGAUUAGUGUCAAGGUGUGGCUCAGGGACGGGGGCGGACUUUGAGGAUUUAGGAUAAUUCCUGGUAGGAAUUUAGGAUCUAAUUAUUUUAAAUUUGGGCCCGUCGUGUCAUUAAUCUCCCGGGAAAAAUGUAAAUCAGGACCCUGGUCAAAGAAGAUCCUCCGUGUCCCACGAUGCAUUAAAUUCGUGCAUGGAUCAUCAAUGGCCCACGUGAGUCAAGUAGCUGAAAACAAACAUAGAAAAUUCCGCACAAUUAAGUUCGGUAAAAAAUGUAUUCAAUGGAAUAUAAUUCACUAAAUUAUCCAGAAAUUUCAUAUAACGUACGACUGUAUUUUUCGACUAACAAACGAGCCUAUCAUUGAUACGAAGAAAGACGUUCAAAGUUGAUCGGUAUUCUCAUUAAAAUUUCAAACGAGAUUCAUUCAGUUCCUUUCGUAAUUCUUUAGCGAUUUGUUUCUUCGGAUUCUUCAAAUUCAUUGCAUCAUAACAACUGGCUAAACGUUUCAAGCGCAGCCUUUGAUAUGAAAAUUUCUUUUCAUGUAUAUUGUGAUGUUUGACGACGUUUCGGUAGUAAACAACAUAUUUGAUGAAUGAAACCUUCUAUUAUUCGCGAUGCUUAAGCAACUGGAACAAGGAGACCCGUCAGAAUGACGAAUUUCGCGUUUUAAAUUAUUGAAAUUAUCGGUCAUUGGACAAAUGGACCGAUGGAAAUAUUUUCGUCCACGAAUCGAACGUUGGAUAAUUAAAUAACGAACAUUAUGAUUAAAUCUAAUUUAGUAAUUGCAUCGACGUACCUCGGUGCUUGAGCUAUUUCAAUUUACCAUUCGUAGCUAUAUUAUUCUCUGUCGUACUAAACACGGUUAUUUCUACUGUGGCGGUGAACGCGUUAACACAUUGAUUAUCGCGGUGCAAACGCUCCUGUGCGAUAAUUAAUAAUUAAUAGUACUCUUGAUUUUCCAAUUUAAUAUUCUCGCUCGAUUACGUGAUUGAUAAAAUAUUAAUGAUAUUUAAAAUUUUUCUAUGGUAAUUUAUUAUUAAUUCGUGGUACCCAACACCAGUGACCCUGAUUGACCUAUUUCUUUAAUUAAUCUUCAAUUUGAAACCUAAUGUAUGUUCAAGGCUGAAUUGUUCCACUGUUAAGCAAUUACGAGGCUCCAAUAGCAAAACAGGAAACACGAGAGCUAUAAUUUUGGCUCGGGAUAUCUAAUUGGAACGUUCCGUUUUGUGGUUCUAUUUCACGAUUUCGCGAAUCAUUGCACUCCCAAGGGGAUUAUUCUGAAAAUAGAGGCGUCAUAUAAGCAACGCUUGAUCCGUUGGAUUAGUUGACUCGUCCGGGGAGUCGAACGUGAGACGUCAGUCGAUGUUUACAGUGGAAACACAGUGGACAGAAAAUGAUAAGAAAUGGUCAAUCUUUCUUCCUAUUCUUCUAUUUUGAAUUUCUAAUCGGAUGAUCACAUUACAAUGGUUAAUUGAAUUUCUUGCGACGUAUGCAAGCGUUUACAGCAAAACAUGUUGACCUUCCAUAAAAAAGGAAGAAGAAAAGACGAUGAAUAGAAACAACAGAGAUUCAUAAAGAAUUCAUAUUUGAUCUCCCUCUGUGGAUCGAAUAAAUGAAGAAUUUCAAAUGAUGAAGAAUUUGAAUCAAUUUUAAUUAUCUCCUCUGCUAAUUUUGUCUGUGUUCUAUUUUUCGUUCACGGUUCAAAAGUGUGUUCGCGUGUUCCGUGUGAUAACGAGCAGGAAAAGUCGGACGGGCACGUGCGUUCCGGGUGCAAAUGGGUUAAAAAAGAGCGCGCAGCGGGUGAUACCCGGUCGGUCGAAAAGAAAAAUAGCGGUUCGUUUUUUAGGGGAGGGCUAAUAAUCGAACGAAAUGACCGUGAAACCGGGCCAGGAGGCGAAAAAUAAGGAACGAGGGAAGCCACGAGGACGAUUCCGGUGAUUGAAGGUGCGCAGAAGCGCCGGUGGCCGGCGUCGGACGUCGCGACGAGGGCAUCCGCAGUCGUGACUCGCGCGGCGUCCGUGUCGGUUCGUCGAUUCCCAAGUUCCUCGCGAGCUUUGUGACAUAUCCCCAGCUCGGCCGUCUCUUCGAUUAUUUUUCCAUUUCCAUUGGGAAAAAGGUCGAAUUUGUCAGAGAAGAUCAGAACACUUCAGGGUUGAUAGAACAUAACAGAGCUCAGUUAUAAAAAAAAAAAAGAAAGAAUAACUGAGAAUCUGGUUCUGCUCCUGAAUAGCAGAUCUUCUUUUUUUAAUUUAAAAAUUGAGCCUUGUGUAAAAAUAAAAGAGAAGAUUAAAUUUUCUGAGAAAUUGAAAAUUCGUGUGGGAUUAAAAAGGGGGUCGUUUGGUAAAAAAUCCAAUUGACAAUCCAGCUGCAAUUCUUCUGCUCCUUCAUUUUUAUCAUUUUUGUGCAAAGUUACUUGGAGGAGACGAGAAUCUAGAGGCUUAGAGCGAGAGGAGAUCUGGGGUUGAUAAGAGAAGAAAGUAGAACUUAGAAUCCAGUUUGGUUCCUAGUUACCAGUUUCUCGGAAUCUUGAAUAAAAUUAGCUGGAAAAAUUGGAGACCGAAUCUGAGAUUAUUCAGGCAGUCUACUUCGAAAAAUCCCAUAUCGUCUGAAGAUUCAAAAGAAGAUCCAGUUUCUUUAUCGCCAGAAGAAUUUAAUAAAAACCUGAAAGAGUUUUCUAAUCUUCCACAACUGUUCCGAAAAGAUAUCUCAAAUAAACGAAACAAACUCGAUCGAUCAAUUAAGAAAAGUUCAACUGGAAAGAGACCCAAGUGUUUCUUUGCUUUUCAAACUCCACGAAACUUCGUCAAGUGGUAUCAGAAUCCCCCCCCAAAAAAACUGAAACUCAAGCUUCCAAUACAAACCAAUAACCCAUAAUCAGUUCUCUAAAUGCACCAAUUAAACUCGCUUCAAAGAUUUAUCAACCGAUCAGAGUGAUAAGAUAAACGAUUCAUCAGUGUAUCAAAUCGAAGCUUAUAAUGUGCCCUAUGCAACCACCAGCAGAGAACCAAUCAAAGUGAUCAAUUGAAAAUGGAGGAGCCAAUAAUAUCCAGUCUAUCGAACAGUACUUACGCGACCAUCCAGGAGUACAUCCAAGAUAUCACGAAAUUCUAUAACGAAACCGACGAUGAUUACAUCGAGUACCCAGUCAGUUACCCUCGAAGAGACUCGCUCUACAUCGUGGUGCCGGUGACGAUCAUUUACGCGUCGAUUUUCGUGACCGGCACCAUAGGAAACAUCAGCACGUGCAUCGUGAUCGCACGCAACAAGUCGAUGCAUACGGCUACCAACUAUUAUCUCUUCAGUCUAGCCGUGUCAGACCUGUUGCUGCUGGUUUCCGGACUUCCGGCGGAGAUAUUCUUGGUAUGGUGCAAAUAUCCGUACAUAUUCGGCGAGGGUUUCUGCGUUCUACGAGGUCUCGCAGCGGAGACAUCGACGAACGCCACGGUCCUCACCAUCACCGCCUUCACAGUCGAGAGAUACGUGGCCAUUUGCCAUCCGUUUCUUUCUCAGACAAUGUCGAAAUUGUCGAGGGCAGUGAAAUUGAUCCUGGUUAUCUGGCUGGUAGCAUUAUCGUCCGCGUUACCUCAAGCACUUCAGUUCGGAGUGAUCCAACAUCAACUGGAUCCUAAUUUAGUAAUGUGCACCGUGAAGAGGAUACUUCUUCAGCAUUCUUUCGAACUGUCCACCUUCCUGUUUUUCGUCGUACCAAUGAGCCUCAUCACUGUGCUUUAUGUGCUGAUUGGGCUGAAGCUGAGGAAAUCGAACAUGAUGAAGAGGAGUCAUGGUAGAGAUGGGAGCUGCAGACAUCACCCUAGGAGGUCGUCCAGGAGGGUGUUGAAGAUGUUGGUGGCGGUGGUGAUCGCGUUCUUCAUCUGCUGGGCGCCAUUUCACGUGCAACGACUGAUCGCCAUUUAUGGGACAAAUUCUGAGGACCACAUCACGUCCAACAGCAAGUGGAUAGAGUUCCUUUAUCUCCUGAUGACCUACAUAUCUGGGGUGCUCUAUUACGUGUCCACGACGAUUAAUCCGAUUCUAUACAACAUCAUGUCGAACAAAUUUCGCGUUGCGUUCAUGGAAACACUGUCGAGGAGUUGCAGGAUACCCUUAUUGCCGGUUCGCAACGAGCAACGUUCCUACUCGAGUUUGUCCCGAUCCCAGCAAAGAGCGAUGGGCGCUUACGGGUCGAGGACGGCGGGCACCGGAGGUACCGGGGUUGCCCAUGAGAGCACCGAUUGUUCCGGAAAUUCCGGCCGCGAGGAGAGCCCGAAACAGACGACCUCGUUGGUAGAGCAGGUGGAAACGGGGCCGCGAAACGCGGACAGGAAAAAGGAUAAUGGUAAGGAGAUCAGGAAGCUCGCGAAAGAGGUGAGGUCGAUCGGUGGGCAAAGAUCGAAAGCCACAGCUAGGUACGCGACCGUCAAGGUCUCCAACGUCGACGAGGCGAGGAAGAAGUGGUGGAGGUUGCUCAAGUGGUUUCCUGGCUUGAAAUCCUUCAAGCUGGCCGGAAGGAACACGUACACCGUGCCGGAGAACCAUAUCCUGAAACAACCAGAACUGAAUAGGGAAGAGUUCUCGAUGACCAUGUGGAAUGUACACGAGCCGAAUGAUCAGCUGCCUGUUUGAACGGGAUCGUUUCUUUCCUCUCGAUGACCAUUGGAGUGAUCUCUGUUAAAUAAUAUUAGGGUCACUCUGAAAGUUUUGAGAAUCAAAGGAGAAUUGAUGGACUCGUCUGAUGCUGAGUAACUCUAGGCUCACUCUGAAAGUUUUGAGCCGAUAAAUUGAUUUGGUAUCGACUGGUAUUUAUUGCAUAGUAUUGGGUCAGUCUGAAAGUUUUGAGAAUCAAAAGGCUACAUUCGCAAACUGAUGAACUGAUUUGUUGCUGAUCGUGAGUGAUGUUAUUUGAGUAACACGAUGGGUUACUCUGAAAGUUUUGAUAAUCAAAAGAAAACGUUUCGAUAGAUUUUUUUUCUUUUCGUAUAAAUCAAAGGGGAACUUGGAAACAUCGAGCAGUACGUUGUGCAUGAAUGUCGUAAGUGGAUUGAAGGGGUGUAUAAAUAAAAGGAGGCGAAGUAUAAGGCGAAGCUCGUGGGUUAUAAAUCGCUUGGAAAUGUAUAUUCCUGUCAGGUUUUUCGAUGAUCGAGAUUCUUCCCGUGUGCUUUGAAAAGCGCGUCGAUAAUAGACGUUCAUCCCCUUUUUCCUGAAUCGUACAAACUCGAAAUAAGAAAGUUCUCCACGUGUUUUGACGAGGGCAUCGAAUUUAUCAAGGGAGGAGAAACUCGGGUGCUGUGAGAGAGAUGAAAUGAUAAAACUCUCUGUUUUCACGAGACGAUUACGAAAUAAAAAUGAAGGAAAUAAUUAUUAAAAUUACUUUGCUUAAGUUUCACUCAAAUUUGACUGAAACUUGAUUUAAAAUAAAUCCAAAUUACCUCGUAUCAUCAGAUAGAUAAUUAAAUAAAAUCUAACGGAUAGUUUUAUCAUUUUCUCCUUGAAUGCAAACUAUAAAUAUGGAAAAGUAAGUUGAAGUUGAAUUGUUGAUAUGUUCAAACACAGGAUGCGUUGUUAUCUAUCAUAACAUUUGAAAUGCAUUGAAUUUUAACGGGAAAAUAAAUGGAAGAAUCUAUUAUAGGGAACAUUGUGCAUCUCUGUAAGUUAUUAACAUAAACACAACUGAUGGCAAUGAAGGAUUAUCAACUUUGUUGAAGUCAUAGGCGUCAUCGCCGUAUUAGAAUAUAGGAUUUUACCGUACGAAUCGAUUGAACACUACACUUGAAUCUUGACAAUGUGAUAUUAUUUAUUGUGUAAUUAUUAUAAAGUGUAUAUUGAAUCGUACGUUAUUGACUCGAAAUUAAUUGAAUCGCUUAGGACAUACUGUAUGUCCUACAUUUAUGUUUGUAAGUCGCUGUACUUUACAGUAAUAAUAUUUUUGAUAAUUAUAGAACACCAUUGUGAUGUUC